AUGUCGACCACCGUCCAUGUCUCAGGUAUCUCUCAUGAUACCAGUGAGAAGGAAGUCAAGGACUUCUUCAGCUUCUGUGGCAAGAUCACCUCAAUCUCUGUGACACCAGAGUCCGGCGCCCCAGACGCUGCAAAAUCUGCCUCUGUGACCUUCGAGAAGGAAACCGCCGCUAAGACCGCCCUCCUCCUCGAUAACACCCAGCUGGGAAAAUCUCAAGUCCAUGUGUCUGCCGCCAGCACCAUCGAUGACGUUGCUUCCAAGGCCGGCGCCGCAGUCUCGUCCGCCCCUGGUGACGACCACAUCUCACAAGAAGACAAGCCACGUUCAAGGAUUGUGGCCGAGUAUUUGGCUCAUGGCUACCAUCUCUCAGACCAAGUCAUCUCAAAGGCAAUUGCAUUGGACCAGAAGCACGGCUUCAGUAAUCGGUUCACCAGUGCCCUGACCAACUUCGACCAAAAGUACAAGGCCACCGACACAGCUAAGUCUGUGGACACCAAAUACGGUGUGAGCGACAAGGCGAUGAGUGCCUGGGGUGGAUUUCACACGUACUUUGAGAAGGCGCUGGGUACUCCCACGGGACAGAAAAUCAGGGAGUUCUACGUUCAAGGAGACAAGCAAGUCAGAGAUGUCCACAACGAGGCUCGCAGAUUAGCAGAUCUCAAGGCUGGCAAGCAGUACGAGCCAGAGCCGCUCCCAGGAACGGACAAGACAGUCUGCAAAUGUGGUGGCGAGGAAGGGACAUGUGGAUGUGCUCCAGGUCAUUGCAACUGUGCUAGGUGCGCAAAGAGCGACGUUGGGGCCAUCCAACCAGAACCGGUCAAGGGCACUGACAAGACAGUCUGCACCUGCGGAGGUUCUGAGGGCAAAUGUCCUUGUCCUCCUGGCCAUUGUGCCUGUGCAAACUGCGCAAAGGGCAGUUCUGAGGCAACCACCGAAGCAAAGGAGGCUGCUCAGGCCAGCGGGCAACAAUUGCCGACCGGGGCUGUGUAG